CUGAUAGACGGCACUGACUGGCAUCACUGCUGGGCACUGACUGGCGGCACUGACUGGCACAACCGCUGGGCACUGACUGGUGGCACUGACUGGCAGCACUGCUGGGCUGCACUGGUGGGUGGCACUGGUGGGCAGCACUGGUGGGUGGGCACAGGUGGGUGGCACUGGUGGGCACAGGUGGGCGGAACUUGUGGGUGGCACUGCUGGGCACCGAUCAUCAGGGCACGGAUCAUCAGUGCCCUGAUGAUCGGUGCCGAUCCUCGCUCUGACAACUGCCGGUUCUCGGCAGUACUUUCCUCACGAUCUGACAGCGUGAGGAAAGUGCAGCCGAGAACCGGCACUUGC